AUGGUGGUGAGUGGCACGCUUGCCAUCUUCUUGGUUCCGCAUCUGGGUCUGAUCCCCAUUAUGGCUCAGCAAAGUGAACUACAGAUUGGAGUGGCAGGACAGACAGUGAUCCUGAACUGUGGAAGCAUACCUCAUAAAACAGAGGUGACGUGGAAGUACAAUAACGUUCUUAUAAGGCAAUACGGAGAUAACUAUUUGAAAGGCAAAGCUACCAUGACCAAUCGAUCGGAAAUUGACCGCAGGAGUAAAAACCUGAAGGUGUUGGACUUAAGGCUCUCCGAUGCUGGCAGCUACACCUGUGAAUAUGACUCUCGCAUAGUCAGUAUCUCACUGCAUGUCUUUCAAUUGACAAUUUCUUCAGGUGGGUACUUCCUGGCGAGUGAAGUCCCUGAGCUGACUUUAAUGCAAAGGUCAUCCCGUUCUCUACCGGAUCUCACUAUCACAGUGUCUGACAGUAACAAGAACACAGUAAGAUCAACACCCUCAGAAAACACAACCCGUCAAAAGUACAUCCUGAAGUUAAAGAAGCUGGAGGCUACGGACAGCGGGACCUGGAUGUGUCACAUCCAUUCAGACUCUCCAUUGAUUAAUCAAAACAUCCCCUUUGAUGUGAAGGUAUUAGGUUUUCAGAAUCCAAAUUUGGAAAGAAAGUAUGUAACUGUUGACAGCACUGUCAUCUUGUCAUGGCUCCUGAACUUCCAGAAGAUAAAAUGGAAAGAAGAUUUCACAGGACAACUGAAUUGGAAACAACAGGAAAGUGCAACCGCCCAUGAGCUACUUGAUUUCAACGUCACAGCACGAGGAGAGCAGCAUGAGACCAAAAAAAGCAGUCACUUUUGGUUUGAGAUACCUGAAAGCAAACCUGAAGGUACCAUAAAAGUGGAACUCCCCAAAGUCCAUUUCAACCACUCUGGGCAGUACAAGUGCGAGCUGGCAUACAAGGGAAGAUACGUGCAGAGCAGGAUAGACCUGGUGGUGAUGAAAGUCUCAGCAAGCCAGGCAGGGCCGCUCCUCAGAGGAGCUGAGAUGACCCUGACCUGCCAAGUCUCUGGUCUGCUCCCACCCAACACCCACCUGCUCUGGGAACGUGUGAAUGGGACACAGAUGGACAUCAAGAAGUCCAAGCAGCAUGAAGUAAAGGUGAAAGUCAAUGCUUCAGGGCUGUGGACCUGUCACCUCAUAGAAGACAAUGACAGGAAGAUCAGCCUUCAUUACCCUGUGGAGGAAACUCCUGCUUGGAACAGCUAUGUGACAGUUGGAGCAAGUAUUGGAGGCAGUGUAUUAACACUUGGCCUUGCGUGCCUGUGCAUCAUCAGUAGCAUAAGAUGGCAGCGAAGAAGGCAACAUAGAAAAAGGAUGGCACAAGCAAGACAAUACUUGCUGGAAAACAAGACAUGUCAGUGUCAACGGUAA